UCACGCGCAUGCUUAGUUCUCUUUACGACUCGGCUGGCAAAGAUGGUCGGACGCACAAACAGAAAGUGCUUAUCAGAAGCAGCCAACCAUCUUCCAGAACAAGAAGCGUGUUCUGGUUGGUGAAGGUGGCAGGGAGAAGCUACCACAAGCGCUUUGGGCUAGGCUUCAAAACCCCAAGAGAGGCUAUUGAUGGCAUUUACAUUGACAAGAAAUGCCCCUUCACUGGAAAUUUAUCCAUCCGUGGUCGUAUCCUCUCCGGUGUGGUGACCAAGAUGAAGAUGCAGAGGACCAUCGUCAGAGGUGACUACCUGCAUUACAUCCGCAAAUACAACCGCUUUGAGAAGAGGCACAAGAACAUGUCGGUCCAUCUCUCACCUGCCUUCAGCCUGACUGCUGCUCACUCUGGCUCCACAACAAACCACCGCCCGGCCCUCUAGAGAUGUCAAUACCUAGCCAGCCUACAAUUAGAGGAUG